AUGACUUUCAAUGUUGACCGCAACGUUGAUGCCAUUUCGGGCGAGGUCUGGUGGAGUGAGCGUCGAGGCUCGGCGCGGGUGUCCGAGUCAGGGUGCUCCGGGUCAACCCCCUGCACCAGCUGCCUCAAGCGCAAGCUCACCUGCGUCUUCCCCAGCCAGACGACGGCCAAGCGAGGAAAGGCCAUUACCCUCGACCAGGGCAAACACCUCACUCAGAUCACCUUUGCCGUCUCCUCCUCGUCCUCGUCCUCCUCGACGUCCCCCGUCGUCUUCACCCCCUCCCCGUCGCCAGCCCUGCCCGACCCGACGGCCCACGCCCUCUCCCUCUUCACAGCCUUCAUCGCGCGCAACAGCUUCACAGGCCAGUCGAUGACCUAUCUCGCCGACCUGCCGCCCCUGCUCAGUCCGUCCUCGCCCCUGCUCCCGGCCCUGCACGCCCUGGCCAACCUGCAGCUCCGCCGCCCGCGGCCCGCCCUCGAAGCCUACGGCACAGCCAUAGUCUCCCUACGCCACACCCUCGCCUCCGCGCCAGCCGCCUCCGUUCCGGCGAGCGGCGCCUCCACCCCGACCUCCGCCGCCGACGCGAUGCGCACGACCGUCCUCUGGACAACCUUCCUCCUCGGCCUCUUCGAGCUCAUGACCGACGCCUCGGGCGCGGGCUGGGUGCAGCACAUGGUGCACGGCACGGCGCGUGCGCUCGUGGCGCUGGGGCCCGCGGCGUGCUCCGCCCGCAGCAGCAGCGCCGUGGGGCGAUUCUUCCUGCAGGUGCGGGCGUUCGAGGCCUGCCGCGCCGUCAUCUUCAACGAGGUCUCGUUCCUGGGAGAGGACAGCUGGCGGGCCGUCGUUGGGGGGCAGACGGAGGAGGAUGCCGUGCUGGAUGUCAUUGUGCGCUGCUCGGGGCUGCGCGUUCGCAGAACAUCCGACUUCAUCAAAAACCUGACAGAUCCCCCCUCCCCCUCCGAAACACUCACAGCACUAACCCUCGCAGAAGAGGGCGCAACGCUGCGCGCCGUCCUCGAGGCGGCCCCGUCCCGCUCCCUCCUCACCAGGCUCCUCGUGGCCGCGACGAGCAUCUACCUCUCGGGCAACUACGACUACGACCUGCCGGCGUGGCGAGGCCUCGGCGUCGCGGUGCCGACGCUGCCGGCGCCGACGGUCAAGACGCACUGCGAGACGAUCGGGGCGUGCGCUCGCGAGGCGCUGAAAGAGAGGAGCCUGUCGCCGCUGCUGCUGCUGUAUCCGCUGCGCGUGGCUGGCGCGCGAGCCUGGACGGUCGAGGAGCAGGUGCUGGUCGAUGGGUUGCUGACGGAGGUUGGGCGGGAGUUUGUCGUGGCGGAGGCGUUCCUGGGGGAGUUGAGGGAGAUUUGGCUGGUGCGGAACGAGAUGGCGGCCCUGGUUGGAGCCGGGGUUGCAUGA